AAUACAUGUAUACUUUUGUUAUAAAAUAAUAAUAAUAAUAAUAAUAAUAUAUACAAGAAAAUUAACAAAUUUAUGAUAUUUUUUUUGUUAAUAAUAACCUCUAAAAAUAUAAUUUUAUGGUAUUAUAUUUUAUUGUGUUAUUUAAUUUGUUAUUAAUAAAAGUAUCUUUUAUUACUGGGACGAUUAAACCUGACAAGAAACCGCUCAUAAUUUAUGAUUUUAUCAUCCAGCAAAAAAUAAAAUUAAACAAAAUUUCUAAAUUAAGUCAACCAAUCUUUCUUCUUCAAUUCGAAAACCUCAAAGUCAACCUUCCCAAAACCCCCAAUGCGAUUUUCCCUCAUUCCCAAAUUCUACUAUUCACCUGCACUUCGACUUCUCCCACCUUACUACCGUUCAAUUCGCUUCAACGAUAUGUCAACUGAUUUACCGGAACCAAAACCCCCAAUCACUGCUGCUGAGAAGGUCAAGAAAUUUCAAGAAGUUUUUCACUCUACCAAUAGUUGGGACAAAUGCUGGGACGAAGGUCUGACGCCUUGGGAUUUGGGGAGCCCUACCCCAGUUCUUGUGCACCUUCACAACACUGGAUCCCUUCCCAAGGGCAGAGCUCUUGUUCCUGGCUGCGGUAGUGGUUAUGAUGUGGUGGCGAUUGCGUGUGCUGAGUGUCAUGUUGUAGGUCUGGACGUAUCGGACAAUGCCAUUAAGAAAGCAAUGGAAUUGAUGUCUGGCUCACCAAAGGCAGAGCACUGUACUUUCUUAAAGACAGACUUCUUUACUUGGUGUCCGGAUCAGCCAUUUGAUCUCAUUUUCGAUUACACGUUUUUCUGUGCCAUCGAACCCGAGCUAAGAUCAUUGUGGGCCAAGAAAAUAUCCGAUCUUCUAAAACCGGAUGGGGAGCUCAUAACACUAAUGUAUCCGAUCGAUGAUCACGAGGGCGGCCCUCCAUUUAAAGUAUCAGUUGCCGAUUAUGAAGAGGCGUUGCAUCCCGUUGGUUUCGAAGCAAUGGAUAUUUCAGAGAAUGAGUUGGCCAUUGCACCUCGGAAGGGGCGAGAGAAGCUAGGGAGAUGGAGAAGAUCUCUACGCCACGCCUCGCUUUGAUCAUUCUCCCAGCAGAUAGAAACAUAUCGCCACAUAGAAGCAUAUUUCCAGAUUUAACAGAUUAUUGUAAGAAUCAAAGUCUAAUAUUUGAGCAUAGUUAUGCUUUUUAGAGCAUUGAAAGUAAUUUGUUUGCAAAA